AUGCAGAACCAGCAGAUGCAGAUGGCCAUGAACGCCAACGGCGGCCCCGUCAACGGCACGCCCGUCAUGGCCAACAUGGGUAUGCCCGGCCCCCCGCCGCCGCCGCGCCCCGUCAUGGACCCGCGCGAGCAGCUCAACACGUACAUCUACGACUACUUCAAGCGCAACAAUCACAACCGCCUGGCGCGCGCCAUGGUCGACUGCGACAUGAAGAUGUCCAUCUCCCCGCCCCAGAAGCCCAGCCCCGGCAACAAGCCCAACGGCAUCGACGCCAUGGACGACGACGCCGGCGCCGACCUGCCGCACCCGCUGCUGCCCAAGAACCAGAUGGCCGACAACUCGUUCCUGCUCGACUGGUGGGUCCAGUUCUGGGACAUCUACCAGGCCACAAAGGACCGCGGCGGCAUGCCCUCCAAGGGCGCCCAGUACAUUGCACACACCCGGGCCCUCACCCAAAUGCAGAACGAGCAGCGCAACCAGCGCAUGAUGAUGAACAACCCCAUGAACGCCCAGUACCAGAACGUCGGCAACAUGAUGCGCGCCAACUUGCCCAACGGCGUUGCACCCAACGACCUCAAGCGCGCCGCGCUCCAGAACAACCGCCCCAACGGCAACCCCAUGGCCAACAUGGGCCAGAUGAACAAGCCCAACAUGAUGGCCGCCCAGAUGCAGCGCGACGGCUCGCAGAUGGACAUGAACGGCCAGCGCCCCCAGUCGCCCAGCCCCAACGACAACGCUCCCUCGCCGAGCAAGCGGCCCCGCGUCGACGGUGCCAUGAACAACAACAUGCCCAACGCUCCCUUCAAUGAGUUCGGACAGCCGGCCAACAAUGCCCAGCAGAAGAACAUCGAGGUAUACGCCCAAAGCCUGGCCCAACAACACAGAGUAGCACUGAAUAACACUGCCUCCCCUCAGGCUAUGACCCAGGGCUCGCCCAUGAACCCGGGCCUGGACGGCCAGGAAAUCAUGUUUGCUGGCAACCAGCCUCGCCCCGGCAUGCCGCCACAACAGCCCGGUCAGCCACAGCAGGGCAGCCAUGCUCUGCAGGACUACCAGAUGCAGCUCAUGCUGCUGGAGCAGCAGAACAAGAAGCGCUUACUCAUGGCACGCCAAGAGCAGGACAACAUGUCGGGGCCCCACCAACAGGGCGCUGUAGGCCAGUUUGCACCCGCCAUGUCGCCUUCAGGAAGCCGAGCUGGGCCGUCGCCGAACCCAACAGACAUGAAGGGCCGCACUCCAAAGCUGGGCCAGCAAGGCCUGCCCGGCUCGCCCAUGCCUGAAGGCGUCAUGCAACAGCAGCGCGGCUCGCCUGCACCCAACAUGAACUUCCCCGAUCCCACGCUAGCACCUCCAGGCAUGCCACCGCAGUUCUACCCACAGAUGCCGAACAACCCUAUGAUGCGGCCCCCGAGCUCGCACCCCGUGGUCAGCUUCAAUGGCCAGCAGAUGUCGCAGCAGCAAAUGGAAGCCAUGCGCAACAACCAGAUGAACGGCCAGUGGCGUGGUGGUCCUCCGCAGCCCGGCAUGCCCCAACCACCGCAGAUGAUGGGCGGUCCCAUGGUAGGUGGCCCCCAGCAGCGGAGCCAGAUGCCACCGCCUCCCGCGCCUUCGAACGAGCAAAGACCGGAGGCGUCUCCCGCCAUGUCGAACCAGGCUCCACCAACACCGAACCAGGGGAACAAGGCAGCUCCCAAGAAGAAGGGGACCAAAGAGAACAAGAAGCCCGCACCAAAGAAAGGGCCAAACGCAGGUACGACACCAGCAGCUUCGGCCGGCGAGGAAGCGCCCACACCGACACCCUCGACACCCAUCACGCCGAUGCACGCGAAAUCCUUCAACCCCAAUGGCCAGCCGCAGCAGGCCCCGCAGCAGCCCCCGCAGGCGCAGCCUCCUGCUCAGCCGCAGCAGCCCAUGGGUAGCGACGCUCCGUUUGGAGACAUCUCGGACAACAGCUUCGACAUUGGCCUCAACUUUGGCGACGGCGACGCGGCGCUCGAGAACUUCGACUUCGACUCCUUCCUCCACACGGGCGAGGACAACGGCGGCUUCGGCAGCCUGGUCGGCUUCGAUGACUUUACUAAUGGCGUUGAAGCCGGCGACGGUAUAUAG